ACACAAAAGAUACCGGUAUACACAAACGAAAAUGGGAUUCUCGGACCUGAGGCGGACGCGAUCAGCUACAAAUAAAUUCACGAAAGAGAGAAUAUAUGUUCGAACCCUUAUGCUUUCAGAUCUUGAGGCCUGUGUUGCUCUGGAAGAAGCAGCCUUUAUCUCCAGCGAGCGGUGUCCUCGGGAAACAUUUUCGUAUCGCCUUAAGGUCUGUCCAGAGCUGUGUUUUGGCAUAUUUACCAUCCGUCGAAGCAAAGAAUAUCUUCUCGGGCAUGUCAUCGCAACCAAGACGCUCUCAUCAUCUGUGACGGAGUCAUCUAUGGCCGUAGCUACAUCCAGAAACUCCCCUCAUAAUCCUGCUGGUCCAACAAUUGCUCUACAUUCUCUUGCAAUACAACCGGCACACCAGGGACGAUAUUUAGGAAGCACGUUGCUCCAGGAAUACAUACAACGGAUGAGCGUGGGAGGAUGCGUGCAAAGGAUCGCACUGAUCGCAAGAGAUAGGUUGGUGGGAUUUUAUGAGCGGUUUGGCUUCCGGUGUAAUGGUGUGUCCCCGGUAAAAUUUGGAGGAGGAGAAUGGAUGGAUUUGGUUCGCGAGAUUUGAUUUGAUUUCUUUUCUUUUCUAUAUCCUUCCUAUUCCUUUCCUAUUCUUUCUCUUUGGAGUUGUGGUUGCGGUGUUAUUUAUCUGGGCCCCAUUUUCUCCUCUUGUUUCCCUUCCCUUGCAGACCAACUUGUAUCCCACCUUCUCUCCUGCCGGCAGGUUAUCACGCCUUUUACCACUAAUGUAUUUAAUGUGACAUCCCCUCUGUACACUAGGCUACCUACCAUAAUGUAUCUUUCUCCUCCUCAAAACAAA